GCGUUGAGCAAUAUUUGCGUCUCCUCUUUUCUUAUGACACCAAACUCCAUUGUUUCUCCUCAAACAAAUACCCUCCUUUUUUGUUAACUCCGUCCAUUAAAAUCUCAAUUCUAACCUUACCCUCUUCUCCAAUUAACCAUCUCACCUAACCCACCUUCACACACAGCCAUGUAUAGCAACGUACUAGUCAACUGCUCCAACUGCCACACGCCUCUACAAGUCCCACCCGGCGCCGGAUCAAUCCGCUGCGCACUCUGCCAAGCUGUCACUCACAUCGCUGACCCACGCGCUGUCCCUCCUCAACCCUUUUCGUCACCUCACGCGCCUCCGCCUCCUUCCCCUUACGGCCAAGCGCCGCCUGGUCCGCUGCCUAACCCCCACGGUCGUAAGAAAGCCGUGAUCGUCGGAAUCUCGUAUAAAUUCUCGCGUCACGAACUUAAGGGAUGUAUUAAUGACGCUAAGUGCAUGCGUUACCUUCUUAUUAAUAAGUUCAGUUUUCCUGAAUCUUCCAUCAUUAUGCUCACUGAAGAAGAAGACCCUCAUGGCCCCAAAUUUCCAUCCAAGCACAACAUCAGGAUGGCAAUGUUUUGGCUUGCACAAGGAUGUCAACCUGGAGACUCACUGGUUUUUCAUUAUUCUGGUCAUGGAUCGCAACAAAGGAACUAUAGUGGUGAAGAAGCUGAUGGUUUUGAUGAAACUUUAUGUCCUUUGGAUUUUGAAACACAGGGUAUGAUAGUAGAUGACGAGAUCAAUGCAGCACUUGUAAGACCUCUUCCUCCCGGGGUUAGGCUGCAUGCGCUAAUUGAUGCCUGCCACAGUGGCACUGUUAUGGAUUUGCCAUUUCUUUGCAGAAUGAACAGUCGUGGACAAUAUGUAUGGGAGGAUCAUCGCCCUAGGUCAGGUGUAUGGAAGGGAUCAAAUGGUGGAGAAGUGAUAUGCUUUAGCGGUUGCGAUGAUCAUCAAACUUCUGCAGAUACAUCUGCUCUAUCAAAAAUUACAUCAACUGGAGCUAUGACGUUUUGCUUCAUCCAAGCCAUAGAGCGCUCUGGUCCAGGGGCCACAUAUGGCACCAUUCUUACUUCAAUGCGCACUGCCAUAAAAAAUGCUGGCAGCGGUGGUAGUGGGGGUGGUGACGUGGUAACCUCUCUCAUUUCGAUGCUUUUGACUGGAGGUAGUCUUAGCGCUGGUGGGCUGAGACAGGAACCACAGUUAACAGCGUGCGAACCUUUCGAUAUGUAUAGAAAACCUUUCUCAUUAUAAUGCUCAGUAUUCUUUGUACUGCAAUUUAUUUUCCUUGGCUCGGCCCCUGUAUAUGAAUGUAUUGAUUAUCCUGUGAAAGUCUAAUUAUUGUAUAAUAAAUUAGGUGGGGUACUAACUCUUUCGGCAACUGAAAUAUUUGGUUGAAUUUAUGUGUGUAUUUGAGAAUGCAUUGGCUUAUAAUAAAUGACUAGUAGUAGCUACAAUCCUUCUAUUA